AUCAACAGGGCUCUGAAACCUGGCCCUCCCAUCAAUCCCUGCAAGAGAUCAAAAGGAAGAGAAACAGCCAAAGCAUUACAAGAUUUUUCUUGCCCGCUGCGCACAUCCAAGGAGCAGUCCUCUCCAAUAGGCUAUCGUAAGGACCAAUCUUUAGCCGCUAUGUUUGUUCCUUUCGUCGUACACCCUGGGAGCCAUAACCCCGAUUCACUCAAGUUUGUCUUCUAUAAAUCGAAUUACUCUAAUUCGUAUGCUCCGUUUUACACUGCACAGAAGCCAACCUGCGGGUACCGGUAUUGCCAGGACACUGAUCACACCAGGAAGGUGAUAGACGUAGAGUGCGCAAACAUCGUCAAGUGGAGACCCAUUGUUGGGACAAAGCCACAGUUGGUUGCAAUAAAACCAAAGCAAGGAAAGUGACCAUGUGCCUGGCCCAAGCCUCUCGUUUGUGCAGAUUUUUCUAGUGCAGUGCGUAGGUUGAUCGGGUAAGGUGCAACUUACCUGGAUGGCUCCAGGACACCGGGAGAGAUACUGCAGGAGCUAAGCUUUCACAGCUGCAUAGCAAAUGACUAUUAUAAUCGCUGCACAGAUCCUCCCAGAAUGCCGUGCAACAGUGUAAUCCUACCGCUGCAGUUAAGUUACCCAAACUAGCCACGAGGGGGCACGUUUAAUGGCGCAUAUUAAAAUUACAGCUGGUGCCUAUGAGAGCAAUGGAGUGCAGACGGGCGUUAGAGAAGAUGCCAUUAGCUUGGGUGAACUGAUCCAGGCCAUGAAAAUCAACCCACAGAAAGACAUGUGACAAGCUCUGGAGAGUUCUUCUCCCCAGCCUGUCUUUUCAGGAUCCGAUUGCUGGCCGCUUUUGGAAACCUCCUGGCUAUAAUGAGUUCGAGGGGAGAAGUGAAAGGACAGUCUAACAAAGGGCCUCCGGUGUCCUUUGUCUGUUCUGAUGUUAGUGUCAGAGUCAUCACUGACGUGGGCUGACACAAAAUCAGAAAUGAAGUGGAUUAGGAGAUUACACUUGGAGCAAAUCCUGUCAUGAUAAUCUUACCUGUAAUCUGCAAGAGUUUCUUAUUUUUCCUCCUUUCUAUUUUAACCCUGAACUCUGGCUGCCAUCUGGGAUCCCAUCUCAGGCUGUUCUUCAUUGGCUGGAAUAGGAUUUGCCACAUACUUAAAUAUCAGGUCCUGGUUUGAAGAGGGUUUUGCAAUUUUAAUUUUGCUUUGGGGAGUGUGAAACUCACUCUGGAGAAGGGCCUUUGGCAGCUCUGUAACCCAUGACAGUGAACUAGACAAAUCUUGUGCAUGGGUAUUUUGUUCCUCUAAUUAGUGUUGCUCUUGGGACAUCAACUGCUUUUGAAACCGAAAGGUAAAAAGUAGAAUUGAAAAAAGCAAACAAACCAAACCGAACUCCCCACAACCGAGAAGGAGAAGCCUACAAAACUUCCAUUGUUCCUGAAAAACGUGACCGUCUCUUUGUGUGGCAAUGGGGAACAUGGAUGGGAAAGCCGUGGAAGAACUGAGUGCCACCGAGUGCCACCAAUGGUACAAGAAGUUCAUGACGGAGUGUCCCUCAGGCCAGCUCACCCUGCAUGAGUUCAAGCAGUUUUUCGGCUUGAAAAACCUGAGUCCAGCAUCAAACAAAUACAUUGAGCAAAUGUUUGAGACAUUUGACUUUAAUAAGGAUGGCUACAUUGAUUUCAUGGAGUACGUGGCAGCUCUGAGCCUGGUCCUGAAGGGAAAAGUGGAACAGAAGCUGAGAUGGUAUUUCAAGCUGUAUGACGUGGAUGGGAAUGGUUGCAUUGACCGAGGAGAAUUACUGAAUAUCAUUAAGGCUAUUCGAGCCAUUAACCGAUGUAAUGAAACAAUGACAGCGGAGGAAUUCACAGACAUGGUGUUCAAUAAAAUCGAUAUCAACGGAGACGGCGAGCUCUCCUUGGAGGAGUUUAUGGAGGGAGUCCAGAAGGACGAGGUGCUCCUUGAAAUCCUCACCCGAAGCUUGGACCUGACGCACAUUGUCCGGAUGAUCCAGAACGACGGGAAGAACCCGCAGGCCGCGGAGGAGACGGACAAGGCAGCGAAAUAGACAGUUCUUUAAAAAAAAAACCUUUCAUGUUAUUGUCCAACAGUAUUAAAAAACGGGGGUGCGGGUGGGGAAAUUGGCAAGCUGUGCUACUGCCCCCAUGACAAGAGCAUCCUAUGUGAGAAUAUCACCCUCGCCGGGGAGGCAGGAGCGCCUCCAAACACGUGACACCAAUUGCCAUGCAGUCCAGCAGUGACAGGAGCUAUUCGGCAUUGGGGGAAGGCUGCCCUGGCAGCCGUGGCCACCACUGCUGCCUCCGUAAAAGGGAGAGAUCAGCAUUUAAAGAGCACCAGCUGCCGAGCCGGCUCAUUGCUCUGGAAUCAAAUGAUGCCGGGGAUUUCCCGAAUGGUGCCUCCCGGGCCUUGUGCCAGCUGGGUGCCUCUGGAUGGGGCUGCUCUUGUUCCGGGAGAGAAGAGAAGAAUGUGUUCCAGGAAGGCGAGAGCAGUGUCACAACACUUUCAGAAGGCGCGUUGCUGCGGAGUAGAAAUUCAGCCCCGUGCAAGGGGCCCCACAAGGUGUUCACUUAACUCUUAGACCUGCCUUCUUUAACACCAAGGCUCUAUGAAAUAAGGCAUAAGGGAUCUUUCGGAAAAGGCUUUAUUUUCUGCAAGAUCAGCAUCUAGA